AUGUCGAAAACAUUCACCAAAGACGACGUAGCAUCGCAUAACAAGCCGGACAGCCUCUGGGUUGUCAUCGACGAGGAUGUUUACGACCUGACCAAGUUCCAGGAUGAACAUCCAGUUCUCCAGCGCGUGGCGGGGAAAGACGCCUCGAAGCAAUUCUGGAAAUAUCACAAUGAGGGCAUCUUGAAGAAGUACAAGGGACAAUUGCAGAUCGGAUCUCUUGACUCCAAGAAAGCCGCCGCUCCUCCUUCGCCACCAGCGACCCCUGCUGCAACGCAGGACUCCUCCAAGACAAAGGCGCUCAACGACGCAAAGCCCGCCAAAUCAGAGGCCGCGCUGGACCCGUACGGCGAUCUCAUUCCAUUUGCAGACCCUGCUUGGUACCAAGGGUACCAUUCACCAUACUUCAAUGAGACUCAUGCGGCCCUCCGCGAAGAAGUUCGUCAGUGGGUCGAAUCGGAAAUCGAGCCCUAUGUUACGGAGUGGGAUGAAGCCAAGAAGAUUCCAGAUCACCUAUACAAGCAGAUGGGUGAAAGAGGCUACCUAGCUGGUCUGCUGGGUACUCACUACCCAGUACAUCUGACGAAGAAUCGGGUCAAAUCUGUUCCACCGGAGAAGUGGGACCUUUUCCACGAGAUGCUGCUCACUGACGAGAUUUCUCGUGCUGCUAGCGGAGGUCUCGUCUGGAAUUUGAUCGGUGGUUUCGGUAUCGGGUGUCCCCCCGUCGUCAGAUUUGGCAAGAAAUCCCUGGUCGAGAGGAUCUUGCCGGGCAUCCUGGCCGGUGACAAGCGCAUCUGUCUUGCCAUCACUGAGCCUGAUGCGGGCAGUGAUGUUGCCAAUAUAACCUGCGAGGCGAAGCUGACUCCCGACGGCAAGUAUUACAUCGUCAACGGUGAGAAGAAGUGGAUUACGAACGGUGUCUGGGCCGACUAUUUCACCACUGCGGUUCGCACAGGGGGCCCUGGCAUGAACGGAAUCAGUGUCCUGCUCAUUGAGAGGGAACACGGUGGUGUCAGCACUCGCCGAAUGGAUUGCCAGGGUGUCUGGAGCAGUGGCACGACCUAUGUCACAUUUGAAGAUGUCAAGGUGCCUGUUGAGAACCUGUUGGGCAAGGAGAACCAGGGAUUUAAGGUGAUUAUGAUGAACUUCAACCACGAGCGGAUCGGUAUCGUCAUCCAGUGCAUUCGUUUUGCUCGCGUUUGCUAUGAGGAAUCAGUCAAAUACGCCCACAAGCGCCGUACCUUUGGCAAGAGGCUGAUCGAUCAUCCUGUCAUUCGGAUGAAACUGGCCCACAUGGCCCGUCAGAUUGAGGCUACGUAUAACUGGCUCGAGAAUAUCAUCUACCAGUGUCAGUCGAUGGAUGAGACAGAGGCGAUGCUCAAGCUGGGUGGAGCCAUCGCAGGCCUCAAGGCCCAGGCCACCACAACCUUCGAGUUCUGCGCCCGUGAGGCCAGUCAGAUCUUUGGCGGUCUCAGCUACAGUCGGGGCGGCCAGGGAGGCAAGAUUGAGAGGCUUUACCGGGACGUCCGCGCAUACGCGAUCCCCGGUGGCAGUGAGGAGAUCAUGCUGGAUCUCAGCAUGCGCCAGAGUCUGCGGGUGCACCAGUUGUUCGGCAUGAAGCUAUGA